AUGCUGCGAACUCUUGUGGCAGGCGCUCUGCGAAAUGUAUGCCGGCAGGCGCCGACGGCGGCAGUGGUGCCACUGCUCCAGAGCACACAACGUGCUAGCUUGGUCACCUUGUCCAAGGCGAGCCUUUUGCCGAUUCCCUCAGUAACUGCCUCUAGCCCAGUGAGCCUGCUGCAAAUACCUGCUCUCCAAGGCGUCACUGGAGCCGGCAGCACAAGAAGUGUUACCAAGUUCUCGCUGGUCAAAGGCAAACGAAAGACCGUCAAGGCCGUGCUCAAGCGGUUCAAGCGAUUGGAGUGGGGUGCCUGGAUUCGCACCCAUUCGGGACGCCAGAAGAAGCUGUUCAAGAAGUCAGCGGCUCUGCGGCGGCGCCUGAAACAGCACGUCUUUACCAACGCUACCCAGAGCUGGCUGCUGGACAAGAUGGUAACCAGUUUCUGGCGUAGACCCAAGCACUACAUCAACGACCCCUACCGGCCCUACCACCGGCGAGACGAAUACUUUGCCACGCAGUCAAAGACAUUUAAAGUGUAAUCAUAGUUAUCAAUAUU